UUCUUCUGGCUAUCACAGGGCUGAGCUUUGGAUGCAUGGGGUGUGUUUUUAAAGUAAAGGGGUAGGAGGUGGAUACUCUGAACGUUUUAGGGAGUUCAGGGUGUCCCCUUCAGGUCUGGUUGGUCCGCCCCCUCUAUGAGAAUACCCAGCACAGACCUCCGGGUCCCUAAACGCAGGCAGUGCUGUGAAUGGAAAGCUAGACGAGGAGACUGCAGAACAUACCGGCAACAUGAUAGUGCUGCGUUUAGUCCUGUGCGCUGUACUGACCCUUCUAGGGCUGCCUCAGGCAAGCUAUGGAGUUUCAUACUUCGGGGAUAGUUACUGCCGGAUGGAUGUGGUGCAGGAUCUGUUAAGUUUUCAUCUGUCACUCCAGUUUAAGACGAGCAGACGCAGUGGGCUGCUUCUCCUAGCUGCUGGAAACAGAGACUACUUGUCUCUGGAGCUCGUCAAUGGCAGGUUACAGGCAAGAAUAGAUAUGGGAUCAGGGGAAGUGUUGCUGAGCUCCUCCUCUGGUGUGCAACUUAACAAUCUUAUAGAUCAUCAUGUUUCUCUUUCGCUACAAGAAAACAAACUCACCCUGAUCGUAGAUCAGAUUUUUUCAACAUUCGCUGACAUGCCUGGAAAGGAAGAGGACCUCAGUAUUGACAUGGGAGUGUUCCUUGGAGGCGUAAGAGACUUGGAUGUUGAAUACCUCAGCACCGCUGUCCCCUUCCUCCGUGGCUGUAUGAGUGAAAUAAAGUUCGAGUCUCAUCGGUUUAAUAUUUUAUCAUCAGCUGUACCUGUCUGCCAUGACACUAAAGACGGUUGCAGCAGUGAGUUUGAAGCAGGAGACGGGGAGGCUACCAACUUUAUCAGUCCAGAGUCUUUUGUAUCCUUCCCAACCUGGACUAGAUCUAACAGCGGUCCUCGCAAUAUAGAAUUUCUGAUGAAAACUACUAUUGAAGAUGCUCUGCUUCUCUUUCAUCCAGGUGACGGGUCUGAUUUCAUUGCAUUGGGUAUAAAUGGAGGGUACUUAAAAGCUGUGGCAGAUUUGGGCAGUGGCAUGAAAAUUCUGUACAACACGAAAGAAAAGCUGGAAGAUGAUCAGUGGCACAGGAUAAGAAUGCAGCUUGAUUCAAACACUUUUGAGAUAACAGUGGAUAGUCAGUCGGUCUCGGCUCCUCUAGAUGGAUCAGAAAAACUGGACCUUGUGGGAAAUUUGUACUUAGGAGGUAUCCAGGGGAAAAUGAAAGAUGUGUUCCGUGAUAGCCAUCUGACUCGUAUGGAAGAGGAGAUAACAUCAGAGUCUUUCAUUGGCUGCUUAGGAGAAAUCAAGGUGAACCAGAAAGAAAGAAGUCUUCAGGAUGCCCUGAUCACCAAAGAUGUUCAUGUCAAAUGUGAAGGAGAAGAUUAUGAAGAAUAUUCCACCUAUUACGAUGAAGCGUCCACAACUACAGCCCCGCCACAGAUAACAUAUGUUUAUGUAACCCCAGAUUAUAGACACUGUUUACCAACAGAAGACAUGCCAGAGAUUUUUCGAAAUGUCUCUAAGCUCUUGGACAUCACCCCUCUCCUGGUUCCAGAGGGGGGAGAAGCUUUUAUAGAUAUACACAACCUGAACCCAACGCUCAAUCUAAAUGCUGCAGGAAUACGACAGUCGCAAAUUAUCUUCACCCUUCAGAGUGAUCCUUGGUUUGGGCUAGUAGACAUGAACAUCAACACUAGGCGCACUCAGAAAUUUACACUUCUAGAUGUUGUGAAUAAAAAGAUUAAGUAUCUUCAUGAUGGUAUUGAAAAGCACAAUGAUCAAAUCCAACUAGAAGUGGUUGCUCAUGGUUCCAACCUCCCAGAGUGUUUGAAAACCCCCCACCAAUACACACUUCCAGUGGAAAUUCUUCCUGUCAAUGACAUACCCCAGCUUAGCGGUGGAGACAUUGCCAUCACAGCAAAUGGACGCACUCGUUUAAGCCCCAACCUUGUCAAAAUUGCUGAUUCUGACAAGCGGUGUGACAAGUUGAUUGUCACUGUUACCUCUGAUCCAGACCCUCAUGGUUACAUUCAGAAUUCAGAGCACCCUGGAAGGAACCUGAGAGAGUUCACGUGCAGACAGCUCAAGGAUGGACUUAUUUACUAUGUCCACAAAGGAGGCUCAGUGGAUGCACUUACCCUAAAAGUUUCAGACAGUAAUCAGAACAGCCAUUCAGCCACCUUUGGGCUGGCAGUAACUCAGCCACAGUUGAGCCUGGUGACAAACACAGGGCUACAACUCAUUCAGGGAGGCAACUCCACCAUAGGGAUAGAGAACCUGGCUGUGUCUGCCACUCCCAAAAAUGGAGAUAUCAUAUUCAAUAUCACGCAACCGUUGAGAUUUGGAGAACUGAAAAUGAUUGGACAUGACAGUGUGCCAAAGAGAGUGACACAAUUUUCUCAGUCUGAUCUGGAGCAGAAUAGACUUAUGUACAGUACUACAACAUCAGCUCAACUGGAGGCCACAGAAACAGAGUAUAUGCGUUUUAACAUUCAGCUCGGACGGUUAUCUCUUCCAGACAAUACAUUCGUCAUUAAGAUCAUGCCUGCUCAGAUAGUAACGGUAAAUAUCGUCCCUCUUGAAAUCGUAUCAAGGGAAUCAAGAGUUAUCAAACAAUCUGAGUUAGAAGCUAUGAUAAAAGGGAAAAAUAUUGACUCGGCUUUUAUCAGAUACGUCAUUUGGAAGCGUCCGAUACUAGGUUCCUUGAUGUUGCGGGAUAGAGAUCUUUCAGAUAAAGACAGCUUCACCCAACAUGAUAUUGAGGCUGGACAUAUCAGUUACAGACCCACAAUUCACAGGGCUUUUGAUACGGAGGACAAUUUUCAGUUUAAGGUUUUCGCAGAGGAUGAGUACUCUCAAUUAUACACAUACCCAAUCAGUGUCAAGGCUGUCUCCAAUAUACCUGUACUAACAAAUGAGAGACUGCUGGUGCUAGAAGGGAAUGAAAGUGGCCUUAGUAAAGAACACCUCUGGGUGCAGUCUCCGCAGUCCACAGACUUUGUCUACAGGAUCAUAGAAGACCCUGUGCAUGGACAUCUCAUUCGGGACUCGCCUCCUGGCGUGCAAAGGUUCGACGGUGCAAUUCAAGUCUUCAGUAACGAAGAUAUACUCUUAAACAGGCUCAUCUAUAAACACGAUGGCUCAGAGACCAACCAUGACCAAUUCACCUUUCUCGUCUUCGAAGUAAAUACAGCUAGCGCUAAUGUUCAGACCGGAAGACAGGAGGUGCUCAAAGGAACGUUUAAUAUAGCAAUUCAAUCCAGAAAUGAUUAUGUACCUCAAAGAGUCAUUAAUAAACCUUUUCAUGUGGAAAGAAAUGGCCAACGUUUACUGACCACUGAUGACAUACUAUUCAGGGAUGAUGACUCCGGCUUUAAUGACACUCAACUGGUUUAUGUUCGAAUGGGAAUUCUCUCAGGUAACAUCGUGUCUUCGACAGACACUUCACAACCUCUCUACCGCUUCACACAGGCAGACCUGAGAGAUGGGAAUGUUCUCUUUGUCCAUCAUGGUGCUGACCGGGAUCUGUUUCAGCUUCAAGUGUCUGAUGGAUUGCACAAGACCACAGCACUGUUAGAGGUGCAGGCAGGUGAUCCGUACCUGCAUGUAGUCAAUAACACAAUGGUUGUCAUGGACUACGGCAGCACCAUGACUCUGGACACCAGUCUUCUGGGCACAGAGUCCAACAUGGACAUUAGGAGUGCUUCAGAAAUGAUAUAUGAAAUAAACACUCCUCCUAGAGAUGGCAGAAUUAUAGUCAGUGGUGUUGAGGCUAACCAGUUCACUCAGGAAGACCUCAAGAAAGGUGUAGUUUCCUAUGAGCACAGUGACCAGAGCCUCCGGUCCACGGACUCCUUCACCUUCACCGUGAGCGCAAAGAACAUGUCAAUGAAAGGCACUUUCAGAAUUAAGAUACUCAAGCAAGGAUAUAUGUCUGAACCUCAAGUUACCUCCAACGUAAUGCUCAUUGCAUAUGAAGGUGAACAUUCAGUCAUCGAUCAAGAUCAUCUCAGGGUGGAGCAGGCCGACAUCUCGCCUACUGAGAUAGUGUUCAGCAUUAAAGAAACUCCAUUGCUCGGCCAUUUGGUCAAACUGACCAAUGAUACAGAAAGCACAAUGUCUCCUGUGCUGGACUAUAUCCAGUCUUUCACACAAGAGGACAUAAACAUGGGCACGGUCUUAUAUGUGUCAGUCUCACUACAGGGUCAAGACAGGUUCAUUCUAGAUGUCAGUAAUGGCUUCACUACAAUCAAGGACCUCGAGGUGCAGGUAGAGGUCAUGCCCCGGAUCAUACCUGUCCAAGUGGCCAACCUCACAGUGAGGGAAGGAGAUGCCGUGACUCUUUCCGAAGACAUUCUCAACAUCACGCACCCUUUCUACCGGUCCGUUCAUAUCGAAUUCCUUAUGGAGGAGGCACCUCUGCAUGGACAAAUCAGAUAUCAGAACAGAGAUGAAGAAGGGCUUGUGUCUUUCACCUGGGAUGAUGUGCAGCAGGGAACUGUCUACUACCUUCAUGACAGCAGCGAGUCCACAAAGGACAACUUCACGUUCAUAGCCACUGCUUUUGAGUUAAUGCGCCGCAGUCUCCCCAUCACCAUCAGCAUCACGGUGAUCCCUGUCAACGACGAGGCGCCGCAGCUGAUACACAACACAGGCCUGGAGCUUCUUGUUGGUGAAGAAACAGAAAUCACAAGCAAAUCAUUGAGCGCCGAAGAUAUGGACACCCCUCCAGACGAGCUGGUAUUCAACAUCGAGGCAACCACGAGUGGCAUCAUUGCUCUGAAAGAGUCACCUGAUUACAGUGUUGAAAAAUUCACCCAAGCUCAGAUCAACAAUGGCGAAGUCAUUUUCCUCCAUAAAGGAUCUGAAUCUGGUGGUUUCAGUUUCACGGUGACAGACGGAGACCACACAUCUCCUCUUCACCGCUUCGUCGUUACUGUCCGGCAGCUGACGAUCUCCGUGGAAGUACAAGGCGAGCUAUUGGUCUUUCCUGGCACCAGGCAAGUCAUCAACAGUGAUAUCCUGCGAGCAAUCACCAGUGAGGAUGGGGAUGAUAUAAACUAUUCUCUUGUUAGGCCUCCACGACUAGGACGACUCAUUAAGCCCAACCAGAGUGGACAAUUUGAGGAAAUCAGCCAAUUUACGCAAACCGAGCUGGAUGCUGGUGCAGUUUAUUAUGAACACCAGAUGCCAUCAGAGGCCUUCUGGGUGGUUAAAGACGCUGUAGAACUUGAGCUGUCAUCACCACCAGCGGCAAAGCUCCAACACACUCUCCCUGUUACAGUGUCAUACUACGCCACCCAUCGCAAUGUGUCUUCACAGCUGUGGAAGAACAAAGGUAUGUCAGUGGUGCAGGGGCAAUCUAAGGUGUUUGAUGUCUCCAUUCUGGAUGCAUCCAACCUGCGAGGCAGUGUACCACAGGAAAAAAGAAUAGGCCAGGACAUAGUUUUUGAGAUACGGCAGUUCCCGAAACAUGGCCGACUCGCUCUUGGAGGUGAUGACCUUCCCCGUGAUGCACCAUAUUUCAUGCAAGAGGACAUUGUUAAAGGGAAGCUGGAAUACUAUCAUGAUGACUCAGGAGCAUCUUCAGACAGUUUUUCUUUCCGUGUGCGGCUGAACCCCCAUGGUCGCCCCCCUCAGGCUGUAGCAGGUGGCGUGAUGCUGGAGGAGGUCUUUCUUAUCUCUGUCAGACGAAGGGACUCCAGCCCUCCAGAGCUAGUCAGUCUGGACCUUCUGCUGGAGGCUCUGCAAGGAUCUACUACUGUACUGUCCAAGCAGUACCUAAAUACUAUAGACCAAGACAGUACACCAGAUGAGGUCAGGUUCACCAUCUUAAAAAGCCCUAUUAAUGGAAACAUCAUCCACAAGGAUACUGGGGACAGGAUCACACAUUUCACCCAAGAGGAGGUGAACAUGGGCCAGGUGGCAUUUGUGAGCGAUGGUACCUUGUCUGAUGGCAUUAUGGAGUUCACUGUUUCUGAUGGGAAGCACCAGUCAGAACCAUACAUGUUGCACAUCGGCAUUUUGGCUAAGAAACUCGUGCUUAAUAAGGUUCCAGAGAUCCAAGUCAAGCAGGGAGAUGAUGAGACUCCUAUCACAGAAGCCAUGCUGAAAGCAACCACAGGAGGGCCAGUAGAUGAAGAAGUAAUAUUUAAAAUUACAAAUGUUCCCAAGUAUGCAGUAGUGAUGGUGGACAGGCAGCCUACUUCUGCCUUUACCCAAAGACAGAUUACGGAAGGGAGAGUUAGUGUUCGCUUUAUCAAGUCCACAUCUUCAAAUGACAGUUUUUCUUUUGUAGCCCGCAGCAGCGCAGCUAAUGUUUCCUCCAGCCUCAACAUCAGAGUCAAACCCUUAGUAAAAUUGGCCAAGAAUCCCUUACUCCCACGCGGCACUGUAGUUCUGGUGGACAGAAAGCUGUUAGAUGCAACCUCACUUGCCAACAAGACUAAAACUUCACCAACCUUCACCGUGACAAAGCAGCCAAAGGGAGCAAGGUUCAUAAGAAGAGGAGGUUCUGCGGAUGGCCAGCCUGUGGAAUCCUUUUCCCAGAGAGAUCUCGAUGAGGGACGAGUGGCUCUAGAGCUGAACUCCACUGGGGAUGCAAAGGAUAAAGGUCAAGAUCAGGAUGAGGCUCACUUCCUCCUUAAGGCACAUGGAGUCCCUCCAGCAGAGUGCAUUCUUUCCUUCCAGACAGUGCCUUAUGACGCAAAAGGAAUCUAUGGUGCUACAGUGCUUAAGGUCCCUACAUCUGUGGACACCUCUGACAAAAGUAAAUCAGGCCAGCCUGAUGCCAGAUGGAGAGGGGACGAUAACUGGACAUAUGAAGGAGGUCCCACCACACCUUCUACCAGCUCCCAUAAAUCCCCUGUUUCUAGACGGAACUCACUAUGGGCCAUCCUUAUCCCCAUAUUAGUUAUCCUCCUUCUACUGCUCAUAGCUGGUAUGCUAGCAUACUACUUGGUGCGUCGCAACAAAACUGGAAAGCACAAUGUCCAGAAUGCUGCCAGCAAGCCAAAAAAUGGAGAGGUUGCUCAGGAAACCUUCAGAAAAACUGAUCCAGCUAAUAACAUCCCCAUGUCCAAUGUGGAGUCUAAAGACACAGAUCCUGAAUUAUUGCAGCACUGUCGGACAACGAACCCACCCCUGAAAAAGAACCAGUACUGGGUAUGAGAGAAGAAAACUAGGACUCUGAUUCAUCAUGCUGUAUUGACAUUUAGUUUGUAGUGACAGAUUCACACAUAGGAUUUUGUUUGUUCUAAAAACUUUCAAGAGUCAUUCCUAACAGUAUUAUAAAGAUACAAGAGGCUGAGAAAAAUCAUGUUGUUGGAUUAAUUAACUUUUGAUCCAUUAGUUGUCAUAAGCGAUGAGUGCAUGCCAACACAUGAAUCUGCUUCCGUCUUACACUGAUGAAGGACCAAGUUUUAUGAGGACUGGUUUAUGCACCUUUUCAUUGUCAGAAACCGAUUUACAUAAAGGUUCGCCUAAAAAGACUCAGUAAUGUCCGAUUAGAGCCUAAAUAUGUUAGCGUGUUCCGUUACUAGUUAAUAAGGUUAAACAUCAAGUUAGUUGCCAAAACAUUGUACAAUGUACAUUACAGCAAUGAAGAUGUUUUAAGAAGGUUUUUUUGGUUUGUUUCUUUGUUGUUGUUUUUAUCCAGAUAGAGAACAAGCAAUUGAUAGACUGACAUUCAUUUUUAAUAUUUAAAUUGAUCUUUUGGACAUGAACAUUACUCACUAUGUUUGAAAAACUUGUAUGUAUUUUGAAAGUAAAUAAAUUGUACAUUUUUCAUAAUAAUAGUAAUUAUAAUGAUGCAUGAUGAAAUAUGCCCCAUAUGAUUUAGUAAACUGAAAACAGAAUUUUUAGUGUAAAAAUUACUCACCAAAACAUAUGGUGGUGGGUAUAUAUAUAAUUAUAUAUAUAAUUAUAUAUAUAUAAUUGUUUUUUAUAACAUCUAAAAGAGAAUAUAUGAUUUUUUUAUUUUAUUUUUUUGCCUAAAAAUAUCAAUUUGUUUCAAUCUAUCUGUAGCACAUUGUGCCGUAAAAACCCUCAGUGCUUUAGUGAUGUAACAACUGAAACAGCUGAGAUUUUAUCCAUACAUCCACUGGACUGAUUUAAGGCACUGAAUGACAAUUUCUAUACAAGUCUAGAAAUAUAUAUUACUGAAGCCUAAAGGAAGUGACUCAGCAUCUCUACUGGUCGAUAUGGCUGAUGAGGUCAUUAUUCUAAACUGGUGGCUCCAUUUUCCAUUUAUGUAAUCAAAAAUAAAGCUAUAAUUAUGUAUUUAGUCACAGGAAAAUAUGGGCUGAUGAGCAAUUCCCUUGUAUUGUAUUUCACAAGCGUGGAAAAUGUGCUUUUGUCAUUUUAACAUUUCCAGAUAUAUUAUAUUUCAAGGGUCUGAGGUAUUCUCAUCUGGCUGAUUUUAGUGACUUUGCCUAUUUUUUUUAUUCUUUGCUCUAAGGGUUUCACAUACUUUCUAUAUUUUCUAGUACAUACUGUACCACUUCUACUUGUGUUUUAGAGAAUUGUUUGUUUUUUUAUAAAAAAUAAGACUAUA